AUGGCUAAUAAAUAUAAUAUGCAAAGAUUUCUAGAGAAAAAGUAUGCACAUUGUCAAUCUUACUAUUACUCCAAAACUCUUAAUGAUUUUGUGAGUUCCGCGAGAACAUUAGAUGUGAUUAGAUUCUAUUAAGUUAUGGACUUUAAGGAUGAUUCUGAAUAUCUAAAGCGAUUCUAUUGCUUAAGUAAGUACGCAUCAUCAAUAAUCCUCAUUAGACGAGGUGUUCGAAAAGCUUCGCCUCUUUGCAGAAUAUUAUAAAUAUCACAAUGAAAUUCCUAGAUUCUUCAUGCCAUAUUUUUGCAGAAUAUUGAGCAAGUAUUUUAUUUAGAGACAUAGGCCAGCUAUCAUGAUAAGAAGAGAAGGAUUGAAUAUUACAGGAUUAAAAGAAUUAUAGAAGAGGAAAAUAGAUAAAAUCCGAAUAAACCAAAAAAGGCAAUAGUUGGAGACUCACCUUUAGAAGAUAAUCCCACAACCACAAAGCCCUAAUAAAUGUAUAGCAAGAUCCUAUCUGACAUUUAGGAUGCUUCAACAACUAUUGAAACAAUUAAUAAUAAAUUGAAUGCUUUAUAAAUAAAUGUAGGUGAAUUAAAUCUUUAACCAUCCAAUAGAGAACAAGAAUAGUUACAGAACUUCAUUUAAUUUAUGAUAGAUAAAUAAAAAUAGAAGACUAUCACUCAACAUAUUUAACUAAAUUCACCUAAAACUAAUAAUAAAGUUUCAAUUGGAGUAAGUUAGCAGACAAUCAAACAAAUUAUUUCAAGAACUAUUAAAAAUUAAUAGACUUUUCACUUAUCACCAAAGACAGGUUAAUAAACAUAAUCUUAAGUUGGUACUUUUACAUAAAGAAUCAUAAAAGAUCCUUUAAAGAAAAUGCUCACCCCUACACAAAUAUACAGUAUGAAUUCCCCAUAAAAUAAUAAUAAUACAACAAUUUAGUUGAAAUCGAAGUAAUCAUGAAUUUAACUUAGAAUAUCUUCUUCAUCAAAAAUUAAAUAAUAGAGUCUCUCCAUAUCCAAACAAUUUAAAAUAAGUGAUGCUUUACAUUUACCUCUAAGGAUACAUUAACAUACGAGAUCAGAUGUUCGAUUUUAUAGAAAAUGA